AUGCAAGGUAUUUAUUAUGAGCGUAGUCCAUAUAGGUAUGUCACUAUUUAUUUUUCAAAUCGAGUUGGUAAUAACAAGUGCAUUUCAUUAUAGGAAUCCAAAUAGCCAGCAACCAUGCUUAUAAAAUUCAAAAAUUCAAAGAAAAAAGAAAACAAAGUAAGUUAAAUUUAUUUUAUUUGUUGUAUUUUGUAUACAUUCAAUAUAUAUUACUUAUUUAUAAUAGAUGCUAGUAUAUUAAAAAUAUUAAUUUUUAUAACAGCCAUUGAAGGAAAAACUGAUGUUUGCUUGUUGUGCUUGUUCAAUCAAACUUUGGCUAAUAAACAACACAUGGUUGUAUCAACUAAUGAUCAGGUGUGGAAUACUUUUGGUAUUUUUAUAAAUUAAAAAUAUUAAUUAAUUCAAUUUUUUUUUUAGUAUAUUUAGCUGGUAAUAAAGGUCCAUUGAUCAAAGUGGAAUUAUUAAUUGCAACAGUUGGUCAUUAUAAAUCAUUUCACAAAAUUCUAGAAAAAGCACAAUUAGAAGUAAACGUGUAA